AUGGCCCGAAAUGUUCCGAGAAUCGAGAUGCCGGAAUCUGAAGAGAACGAGUUCGCGAGAUUGUCUCUGUUUUCGCCAUCAAGAGCUCCUCUGAAUUCAAUACCGGAUCCAAGUCAACUGCAGAAGGCGAAUCACCUAUCCGAUCUCGAUUUGGGUCAGAAAUUGGAAGGUACAAGAACGCAGCACCAUCGAACACUGGGUUCGGAGAAGAGAUUCGAUGUUUUGGAAGGUAGAGCUGGAAAUUCGAGUGGUGUGCAUGAUUCAAACCCUAAGAUUGUUACUCGUAGUGUAAAAUCUCGGUCGGAGCCAAACUCUGCACAGAGUACGCCGACUAGGAACGGUGCUAGGGUUUCACUUGGUGGGGGUUGUGUUACCGGCGCGAGAGUUGUUCAGUCUUUCGGUGGACGAGGAACGAGCUCGUUCUCGAGGAUCCCAAGGGGAAUCUCUAUGGCUGAUUCUGUUACAUUUGCGGAAACAACUCCACAUUUUGAGCUCAAUGAAGAUCAUUCGUUUUGGAAAGAGCAUAAUGUGCAGGUUUUGAUAAGGCUGAGACCAUUAAGUACAAUGGAAAGGGCAACUCAAGGAUAUGGGAAAUGUUUAAAGCAGGAGAGUCCACAAACAUUGGUCUGGUUAGGCCAUCCAGAGACCAGAUUCACCUUUGACCAUGUUGCAAGUGAGACAAUAUCUCAGGAAAAACUAUUUCGCGUUGCUGGACUGCCCAUGGUGGAGAAUUGCUUGUCUGGUUACAAUAGCUGUGUGUUCGCCUACGGUCAGACUGGUAGUGGCAAGACGUAUACUAUGAUGGGAGAGAUAUCUGAGGCAGAGGGAAGCCUCGGUGAAGACUGCGGAGUUACUGCUCGUAUUUUUGAAUAUCUGUUCUCAAGAAUUAAAAUGGAAGAAGAGGGAAGGAGAGAUGAAAAACUGAUAUUCAGUUGCAAAUGUUCUUUCCUAGAGAUAUAUAACGAGCAGAUUACCGACCUCUUGGAGCCAUCAUCAACCAAUUUGCAACUCAGAGAAGACUCGGGAAAAGGAGUAUAUGUUGAAAAUCUUGUAGAAUAUAAUGUGAGAACUGUUAAUGACGUUCUUAAGCUUCUACUACAGGGAGCAGCAAACCGGAAGAUUGCAGCAACCCGGAUGAACAGUGAAAGCAGCAGAUCCCACAGUGUUUUCACGUGUACGAUCGAGAGCCUCUGGGAGAGAGAUUCGCUAACCCAUUCAAGAUUUGCCAGACUAAAUUUGGUUGAUUUGGCUGGUUCUGAAAGGCAGAAAAGCUCAGGUGCGGAAGGGGAUCGCCUAAAAGAAGCAGCAAACAUUAACAAAUCCUUAUCCACUUUGGGCUUAGUGAUAAUGUCUCUGGUGGAUUUGGCACAUGGGAAACAUAGACAUGUUCCGUAUAGAGAUUCGCGACUUACCUUUUUACUGCAGGAUUCUCUAGGGGGUAAUUCUAAAACAAUGAUAAUAGCCAACGUCAGCCCAUCUCUUUGCUCUACAAACGAAACCCUCAGCACUCUGAAGUUCGCACAACGGGCCAAACUAAUCCAGAAUAAUGCUAAAGUCAAUGAAGAUGCCUCUGGGGAUGUUACAGCACUCCAACAGGAAAUAAAAAAGUUAAAGGUCCAACUGUCCUCCCUUACGAAGAACCAUAACUCUUUUGGGGCUCUUUCAGACUGCAUAGCUUCUCUGGAAGAAUCCAGAUACUCUGGUACAUGUGAAGUGUCAAAAGAAACAAAAGAAGAUAAGUGCCACUGGCAGGUGCACAACUCACUGAGAAAGAAGGUGAAAACUAUGAAAGAUAUUUUGGUUGGUGCUCUCAGAAGAGAAAAGAUUGCCGAAACUGCCCUUCAAAAGUCCGAGGCUGAAAUUGAGCGUAUAGACAACUUGGUUAGAGAAAUGGAAGAAGAUGCCAAGUGCAUUAAAAUAAUGCUUAAUCUUCGGGAAGAGAAAGUUGGAGAGAUGGAACUCUCUACGUCUGGUUCGUUGAUGACAAAAGAAUGUCUCAUUGAAGAAAAUAAAUCUCUAAAAGGAGAGAUCAAGCUUCUUCGGGCAAGCAUUGACAAGAAUCCAGAAUUGACACGUUCGGCCUUGGAGAACACCAAACUCCGGGAGCAGCUACAACGAUACCAGAAGUUUUAUGAGCGUGGGGAACGAGAGGCAUUGCUUGCUGAGGUGACGGGACUACGCGACCAGCUGGUUGAUGUUCUUGAAGCAAAAGAUGAGUCCUUUUCUAAACACGAGAUCGAAGUGGAAGAGGAGUUGGAAGACUGCAGAAGCAUGAACUCUAGUUUGAUCAGAGAACUAGAUGAAAUACAAGCAGGACUUGGAAGAUACUUGAGAUUCGACCAAACACAAUCCGAGUUUGUUACAUCUUCCACCAGUGGAGCUGAGCAGGUUAAUCAAGCACAUAAAUAUACAAUGGCAGAAACAAUGUCAACUAUAAGUGAAACCCGAGAGGAGGGGGCUUUUUCGGAGAGUAAAAAUUGCAGUAAUAUCAGUGAUGAAUCAGGCAAUCUUGAUGUGCUUGAGGAGAAUGAUAGAUCCAUGAAACGGCUGACCAAGAAAAGUUGUAUGGAAAGAGAAGCCCUUCCUAGGUUAGAAGGUUAUGACAUGGAGUUAAGUGGCAUGGUCAAUAACACAGAUGCUGUAAUGAAGACUGAUGAGGGGGUGGACCACUCAAUUCUGCAGUUAAAGUUGGGGAAAGUAAUUAAGGACCUCGAGGAGGCCAGAACACUCAAUUGUCAAUAUGAAAAAGAGCAUAAGUCUCAGUUAUCUCAGCAACAAGAUAUUAUAGUAGUCCGUGAGCAAGUUGAGACAGAAACUGCCAGAACAAUUCUUGAGCUGCAGGAAGAGGUGAUUGCUAUCCAGUCUGAAUUCCAAAGAAGAAUCUGUAACUUGACCGAAGAAAAUCAAUUGAUGAAAGAUACUAUAACUGCUAGAGAGGCAGAAAUAAGGGCAAUUAACCAAGACUGGGAAAAGGCCACCUUAGAACUAACAAAUUUCAUUGUGGAUGGGUCGAAAUCCAUCAAAGAUGCCUCUACACAGAUUGAAAGUGUAAUCUGUUCAUUUCCACAUGUGAAUGCGUGGAUUGGUGAUUAUGUUGAGAAGGCUGCAAAAGAUUGUAUAAGAAAGGAAGAAACAAUUUUACUCCUACAGAAAAGCUUGGAGGAUGCACGGAUAUUGUUAGCAGAGAUGGAUUUGAAGCUGAAUUCCUUAAAGGGCGCAACAAUUGCUCUCAACAAAUUUCAACUGGAUGCCAAUGCUGCAACCACUGAAGAGACUUUCCGCGUGAACACUGAAAUAGACAGGAUGAGUAAUGAGGUAGACACGCUUGAAAGUGACUUAAAAGAAAAGCAGUAUUCUAUUCUGGAAGAAAAACGACUUGCCGAGGCUGCCUUUGCUGUUACAAAAUGGCUAUCUGAUUCAGGAAAUCAACAUCAAACGCUGGAAAAAACAAGUUCAAUCUUUGCUUCUCCUAGUUCUAAAGGGAAUGCUGAUAUAAGUGUGUCAAAGGAUGGAUAUUUAAGUGAAGCAACAUAUCCGACGGGUGAUGAGCUUUCAACAUCAAGCUCCAGCUUUUCAAACUGCAGAUGGCAACAUGAUUGUGCAUUGACCGCAAAGGGUCAAGGAGUUUCAGGUUCUGGAGCUGGCGCCCAGGAAAUUCAUAACAAGCCUACAUCAGGAGUUUUGAUUUCUACGAAUGGUUCUAUACAUUGUGUGAACUGUGGAGAGGGGAAGCAGUCAGUAGAGAGGCCAUUAACGGUAACAAUGGAGAGAGCAGAAACCGAUUGCAAAUGCAGCAACCCGAGAGUGGAUCCUGUGAGUAGUUUCUUCGAUCUAUUUGAGGCCGUUAAUGCUACCAUGAAAGAAGCCAAUCUCUCACUAUGUGAUUUAGUAAAUGCCAAUGAAAAGUCAAAACAUGUAGCUGGAAUGUGGCGUCAAACGCAUGAAGAGCUAACGGUUAAGGAGAAAAAUCUGACGGAUGAUCUUAAACAGGUCAAGUCUACACUAUCGGCAACUGAACAAGAAAAUAAAGUCCUGCUAAAUCAAACACAAUCGAAUUUGGCGGACAUGGCAAAGUCAGUGUCUUUGCUUGAAGAAUAUCUUCUGGAAACGAAAAGAGAAGUAGGAGAAACGUUAGAAGCUUUCUUUUCCGAUGUUCUUUUAGCUAAGAAAGAGCUACUUCAUUUGAUUUGCAACUCAAGGACGUCACUUGAACAGAUCGUAUCUGAAAACAUGGAGAGAGAGUUCACCAUGUACGCAACAUAUCAAUGCCACAUUGGGAAACUGAUUGAUCAAAUUUUGGAUCAGAGAAAACAGGUUAUCACUCCCCACUUUGCAGGGCAAGAAAACCAACAGUCAAUGGAAAUUAAUGCUAUUGGGUAUAGUGCUGAAGAUGAAGUCACUGGAAAGCUAAAUAGAGUUCACAGAGAAGACGUGGUCGCAGGUUUAGAAAAUGAAGAAAUUGUUCAGUCACAUGAAAGCCUGUUAUAUGAGAACUUUUAUCUGAAAAUGGAGCUGGAGAGAAAAGAAGCUUUGUUUGAAGGUUUGCUUUUUGAUUUUAGGCUACUUCAGGAAUCAGCAUCAAACAAAAGAGAUAUCAAAGAUGAAAUGGAUGAGCUGUUUAACGCGUUAUGCAAAGUUCAGCAAGAGCUGGAGCAGAAAGCAAGUCAAGUUCAAGAUCUUUUUGUGCAUAACGAGAAUCUUGAAAAUUGCUCCAAUGACUUGAAAACGGCUUUGUUUACGUCAAAGGCAGAUCUAGAGCAGGCCAAAGAGAGGAUACAAAUUCUUGCGGAGCAAAAUGAUGAGUUAAGCGUCCUCGUCAGAGACCUCUGUAUGGAAAAGGUUGCAGCUGAAAAGGGAUUGAAGGAACAAAAAGAGCUUGUCAAAAGGUUCGAAAAAGAAAUCCUUUACUUAACUACUACAGCAGAAAAGCAGUUGCUUUCUGGGGUCAAAUCCGUCGAAGAAAACUUGAAAAAGACCAGUGAGGAGAAAGAUCAACUUGUUGAGGAAAUAUGUUCGUUGAAUGAUAAGCUUGAGUUGGCGUAUGCUAUAGCUGAUGAAAAAGAAGCAAUUGCCGUAAAGGCUCGUCAGGAAUCGGAAGCAAGUAAACUAUAUGCUGAACAAAAGGAAGAGGAGGUCAAGAUUCUAGAAGUUUCUGUCGAGGAACUUGAGCGUACUGUAAAUAUAUUAGAAAGACGGGUGUAUGAUAUGGAUGAAGAAGUGAAAAGGCAUCGCACCACUCAAGAUUCACUAGAGACAGAGCUCCAAGCUCUCAAGCAGAGAUUGUUUAGAUUUGAAAGCUUCGCUGGCACUGUGGACACAACCAAUAAAGGCACAGAGGAAUAUGAGAGUCAAAUAUCCAAGUCAAAAGAGCUGCUAGGCGCGCAUCGUCAGAUACUAGUCCUCCAGAAGGAAGUAGCAGAACAAACGAAAGAGAUUGAACAGCUAAAAGAGUACAUCUCCGAAAUUUUACUGCAUUCUGAGGCCCAAGCAUCUGCUUACCAAGAGAAGUAUAAGACUCUGGAGGUCAUGAUUCGAGACUUCAAAUUUGAGGACUCAAGUUCGUCAGUUCCAGAGACCAUAUCACAUAAAAUUGAGAAAAGCUCGGUAAGGAGCAGAGGUUCAAGUUCACCCUUUAAAUGUAUAGUUGGGUUGGUACAACAGAUGAAAGUGGAGAAGGAUCAGGAAUUGACCAUGGCAAGGGUUCGUGUUGAAGAAUUGGAGUCACUGCUAGGUGCUAAACAGAAAGAGGUUUGUGCAUUGAACACGAGGAUAGCUGCAGCUGAUAGCAUGACUCAUGAUGUUAUUCGGGAUUUACUUGGUGUGAAAAUGGAUAUUACUAGCUAUGCUGAGUUGAUUGACCAGCAGCAAGUCCAAAGAGUGGUUGAAGAGGCUAAGCAACAUGUUGAAGAGAUCAUGUCCAAAGACCAAGAAAUCAUCAACCUGAAGAGACAUAUUGAUGCUCUUGUUAAGGAAAGAGAGAGUUGCGUGUCAGAGUUGAACAAGAAAGAUACAGAUGUUCUUACGACACAGAUAUCAUUGGACCAACUACAAGAGAGAGUUCAAUUGCUUUCUAUGCAAAAUGAAAUGUUGAAGAAUGACAAGAGCAAUUUACUGAGGAGGUUAGCUGAACUUGAACGAACUAUCAAUGAUACACGGGUCAGUAACCAACAUGUUCCACAUACAAAAAAGGAUACAGUAUCAUUUAAACUUGCUGAUACUGAUUAUACCAAGAGACUGGAAAAUGCUCAGAAGCUUCUUUCUCAUGCUAAUAAUGAAUUGGCAAAAUAUCGCAAAACCAGCAAUAAUCAUCCAUCUACAAAAACUCAAGGACAGAGCUCUGGUAUAAGAUACCGGUAAGAGCUUUUCUCAAGGCUUCUCUCUUCUCCUCGGCUUGUGACAACCCGUCUUUAUACCAGGAAUCGAGUAUAUAUUGCACACGAGUCCUAUAUAUGAAGCUAGUUCAAGAAGAUAAAUAAGGUACAAGUUCUGCAAAUUGUGGCUAAACAAAUCAGAUUUUAGAGAAGAAAAGAGUGAAUUUUCACCCAAACUGUUCUGCGUUAUUUGGCUUGAUCGUUCACACACUCAUGACCACAAGUCCCACGUCCAGUAGCUUGAUGGAAUUACGUUUUAGGGAUGUUUUUGUGUUUAAGUUGAAAAUUGUUGUGUAUAAGUUGUUGUAAUU